CUUCUAAUCUUAGUUCCGCCUCUACAAUACCAAAUCCUCCUCAACUCUAAUUACUCUCUUCCUAACUACCAAUACUUAGUCUUUCCUCCUUUUGCUAUAAAUCUCCCUCUCUAAUUCCCCUUUUUUCCCUAAACUUAAUCCCAAAAUUAUAUUAUGGGAACCCUUAAUUCAAAUAACAACCCUCAAACCCAAUCCAACUUCCCAAAAUUCAACCCGCUUGACCCGGAAGAAUUCCGUACCCAAGCCCGUCAAAUGGUGGACUUCAUUGCUGAUUACUACAAGAAUAUUGAGUCCUACCCGGUUCUAAGUCAAGUCGAACCCGGUUAUCUUCGUACCCAAUUACCCGAAAACGCCCCUAAUCGACCCGAAUCAUUUGAUUUAAUCAUGAAAGAUGUCCAAAACCAUAUUAUCCCGGGUAUGACCCAUUGGUUAAGCCCGAAUUUCUUCGCAUUUUUUCCAGCUACUGUUAGCUCCGCUGCGUUUCUAGGUGAAAUGCUUUGCAAUUGUUUCAACUCCGUCGGAUUUAAUUGGCUGGCUUCGCCAGCCAUGACGGAGUUGGAAAUGGUAGUCAUGGACUGGCUUGCUAAUAUGUUGAAAUUACCAAAAACUUUCAUGUUUUCUGGCACGGGUGGUGGUGUACUACAAAGUACAACUAGUGAAGCUAUACUAUGUACGUUAAUCGCUGCGCGUGAUCGUAAGAUCGAGAAUGUAGGUGUCGAUGAAAUAGGAAAGUUUGUAGUCUACGGUUCUGAUCAAACUCACUCUACUUAUAGCAAAGCCUGCAAGGUAGCUGGUAUUUUCCCAUGCAAUAUUCGUGUGGUACCAACUUGUAUCGAAAGCGAUUUCGCUUUAUCUCCUGUAGUACUACGUGGAAUUAUUGUUGCCGCGGGACUGGUCCCACUUUUCCUCUGUGCUACUGUUGGGACCACUUCCACCACAGCAGUUGAUCCUCUGGGCCAGCUGGCUGAGGAAUUCAAUAUUUGGUUCCAUGUGGACGCUGCUUAUGGAGGUAGCGCGUGUAUAUGUCCAGAGUUUAGACAAUAUCUCGAUGGAGUCGAACGAGCGGACUCGUUAAGCCUAAGCCCACAUAAGUGGCUAUUAAGUUACUUAGAUUGUUGUUGCAUGUGGGUGAGAGAACCAAACGUGUUAGUCAAGACAUUGAGCACGAAUCCCGAGUACUUACGUAAUGAACGAUCUGAAUACGACUCGGUUGUUGAUUAUAAAGACUGGCAAAUCGGUACGGGACGAAAGUUCAAGUCUCUCCGAUUAUGGUUCGUCAUGCGUAGUUAUGGCGUAGCCAAUCUUCAAAUCCACAUUAGGUCCGACGUUCGCAUGGCCAAAAUGUUUGAAGGGUUCGUUAAGUCCGAUCCCAUGUUUGAUGUUGUCGUGCCACGACGUUUUUCACUCGUGUGCUUUCGGUUUAACCCGAACAAGGAACAUGAACCGGGCUACGUCGAGUUUUUAAACAAGAAAUUGCUUGAUAGUGUUAAUUCGACAGGUCAAAUUUACAUGACACACACAAUAGUGGGUGGAAUAUACAUGUUAAGGUUUGCACUGAGGAUAGACAUGUAAUUUCAGCUUGGAAGUUUAUUAAGGAGUCAGCCAAUGAUUUGCUGUGAAAAAGUGUGUUUUAAAAAAAAUAUAUAUAUUAAUGGAGGAUGAAGAAGAAGUAGAGUAAAGGGAAAGAUAAAAAUAAAUGUUUGGAUUGUGUGUGUUAAAUUUAUGUAUAGGCAUUUGUGAUUGUUUUGUAAACUUCGGACAAAGAAGUCAAAACAUUCUACAGUUGUCAUUAAUAAUACUUCAUAUAAUAAUCUUUAUAUUUGAAAUAAAGAUUAAUUUAUAUAUUUUAAAAA